AUGGAGCCGGCGUCGUCGGGGCCCCGCUCGGCUGUGGAGAAGCUGUCGGAGGCGGUGGGCGCGCGGACCAAGGCGCUGGGCAGCGCCCUGCAGGAGGCGCACCGCCAGCGGCGCCUCCUGCUGGUGUUCGUGUGCGUGGCGCUGCUGCUGGACAACAUGCUCUACAUGGUGAUCGUGCCCAUCAUCCCCGACUUCAUCGCCGCCAUGGGCGAGGCCGGCCACCGCCAGGGGGGCGCCGCAGAGCCAGCUUCCGCGCUCGCCUCCAACGGCAGCGGCGCCUGGGCGGGCGGCAACGGCAGCAGCAAGCCUCUCCUGCGGCCCAGGUACCCCCCGGACAACGACGACAUCAAGAUCGGGGUGCUCUUCGCCUCCAAGGCGCUGCUCCAGCUGCUGGUCAACCCGCUGAGCGGCACCUUCAUCGACCGCGUGGGCUACGGCAUCCCGCUCUUCAUCGGCCUGUCCGUCAUGUUCCUCUCGACGGUCAUCUUCGCCUUCGCCGAGAACUACGGCACCCUCUUCGCCGCCCGCAGCCUCCAGGGCCUGGGCUCGGCCUUCGCCGACACGUCGGGCAUCGCGCUCAUCGCCGACAAGUUCCCCGAGGAGUCGGAGCGCAACCGGGCGCUGGGCAUCGCGCUGGCCUUCAUCUCCUUCGGCAGCCUGGUGGCGCCCCCUUUCGGCGGCAUCCUGUACCACUUCGCCGGCAAGCGGGUGCCCUUCCUGGUGCUGGCCUCCAUCUCCCUGCUCGACGGCCUGGUGCUGCUGCUGGCCUUCAAGCCCUUCGCGGACCGGACGCGGGACAACAUGCCGGUGGGCACCCCCAUCCACCGGCUGAUGGUCGACCCCUACAUCGCCGUGGUGGCCGGGGCCCUCACCACCUGCAACAUCCCCUUGGCCUUCCUGGAGCCCACCAUCGCCAACUGGAUGGUCAAGACCAUGGGGGCCAACGAGUGGGAGAUGGGCCUCACCUGGCUGCCCGCCUUCUUCCCCCAUGUCCUGGGGGUCUACAUCACCAUCAAACUGGCGGACAAGUACCCUCACCUCCAGUGGUUCUACGGAGCCCUGGGCAUGGUCAUCAUAGGCGCCAGCUCCUGCACCGUGCCCGCCUGCCGGAACUUUUGGCAGCUGAUCGUCCCCUUGUGCGGCAUCUGCUUUGGCAUCGCCCUGGUGGACACCGCCCUGCUGCCCACUUUGGCCUUCCUGGUCGACGUCCGCUACGUCUCGGUGUACGGCAGCGUCUACGCCAUCGCUGACAUCUCCUACUCGGUGGCCUACGCCCUGGGGCCCAUCGUGGCGGGGGAGAUCGUCCACUCCUUUGGCUUCGUCAAGCUCAACUUGGGCAUGGGCUUGGCCAACAUGCUGUACGCCCCUGUCCUCCUGGCCCUCAAGAACAUCUGCAAGAUGAAGCCCUCCCACUCGGAGAGGAACAUCCUCCUGGACGAGGAGCCCAAAGGACUCUACGACACCAUCAAGAUGGAAGAACGGGCGGGCAAGGGCAAGAAGUCCCAUCCAGUAGGGGGCGGCGAAGAGAACAGUGUGGACUCUUACCAUAGAGACUUCAGAGGGGCUUCAGAAGAGGAGUCUUCAGGGGAGGACUAUACCUAGAGG